AUGACCUUAAACACUAUUACCAUAAUUAUUUUUCUUAUUGAGAUUAAAGUUCAAUCCCAAGAAAUCUUCCGACGUUAUUCUUUCGAUUACCACCAAAUAAUGAUUCGUUUAGUUGAAUUAUAUAUUCACACCCUAUUUGUUUAG